UACUAUCAGAGGGACUCACCAUUCAAAAGCAAAUCAGUUUCAAUUGUAUAAAUUAAUAAGGAAUAUCUAUAAAUGGAAACAAGGUGAUAUUAAUUGGAUACACAAAUUAUGAUAUAAUGGACCAAAUGGAUAUGAUUAGUGAGAAUGAUUGCUGCGGUAAUGGCUGUGUAAACUGUGUAUUAAAUGUGGGAUUUCGAAAAACUUCUAAUGAUAUACUAGAUGGGAAAUAUAACGUUAUUUCCGAUUACCAAAAAUUUCGACUAUUAAGCAAAUAUCCACAUAAUCAUAUGGGCAGUGACAAAGAUAAUCUCGAUUGUGGUAUUGGGGAAGUAUUGGAGCUUCACUUCCGUGUUUCUGAGUUGCCAAUCAAUGCGGAGGAUUUUGCUUUGCUGAUACCACCAGGUUAUCAUGUAAUGAUGAGACAACAAUUGCCUACUGGACAAGUUUGUCUAAGGCCUUAUUCUCCUUUUUGGGUGGAUUCUUUAGCAAUGGAAUUCAAAAUACUUGUUAAUCUCGCCCCCGAUGGUCCAAUGUCACGGUUUAUAAAAGGCCUGCAAGUUGGUGAUUGUGUGGAAUUUCGUGGUCCCAUAGGUGCUUAUGAAUACUCCAGCAACACAAAAGCUGAACGCAAUGUUUUUGUUAUAACCCAAGGAGUUGCCAUUGCUUCCACCAUUCGCAUCGUUAACGAUAUUCUGGAUAAUGAAGAAGACUUCAGUCAUGUUUUUCAGGUUGCAUGUUAUAAGGAUUUAGACCAUGCUUUUAAUCGAAAUGUGUUACGAGACUUCAAUAAGUAUUGGAAUUAUACGAGUUCUAUAUAUCUUGCGCAUCAGAGAUGUCCAGAUGACAUGUGUAAAACAGCUGAAUGCACUGGAAAAUGCACCUGGUUUCUAAAAAAGUUAUGGUAUAAAGAAAACGUUCAUUUAUCUCGUCUUUCUGAAUCAAAUUUGAGUGAUAUAAGCAAAGGAAGUAUCGAUAGCAGUACGGAAUCUGUUUUUAUAAUUGCAGGCUCAAAGAAUUUUCAAGAAUCCGUUACUAAACUUAUAAAAAAAUUAACGUUAGAAUCUUUAAAAACAAAUAUUGUUCUACUAUAGAACUAUGUGAAUGUAUUUUAUAAUAAUUUCAAUGGCUUAAUGUUAAAUAAAUAAAAUAUUCAUAAAUACAUUUUUAUAUUAGUAAUAAUAGAGCCAAUAUUUUGGACCAGCAGCAUCUUA